AUGAUGGGAGGUUUCAAAUAUAUCAGGCGGACCAGUCCCUCUGAUUAGCUUCGUGGAUAUUAGAACGGCACUCAAACGGGGAAACACGGAGCUUCUUGGUUAGCUGAAGGCACAAUCUUUGGGAGAGAUGGCUGCAAUCAGAAAGAAGCUGGUGAUAGUCGGAGAUGGUGCAUGUGGGAAGACUUGCCUGCUCAUCGUCUUCAGUAAGGAUCAGUUCCCAGAGGUCUACGUCCCCACUGUAUUUGAGAACUACAUUGCUGACAUUGAAGUUGAUGGCAAACAGGUGGAAUUGGCUCUGUGGGAUACUGCUGGCCAGGAGGAUUAUGACAGACUGCGCCCUCUCUCCUAUCCUGAUACAGAUGUUAUACUUAUGUGCUUCUCCAUAGACAGCCCUGACAGUUUAGAGAACAUUCCAGAGAAAUGGACCCCUGAAGUAAAACACUUCUGUCCCAACGUCCCCAUUAUCCUGGUGGGAAACAAGAAGGACCUCAGAAAUGAUGAACACACACGCAGGGAGUUGACCAAAAUGAAGCAGGAGCCUGUAAAGUCUGAGGAGGGCAGAGACAUGGCCAACCGCAUCAGUGCCUUUGGCUACCUGGAGUGCUCAGCCAAGACCAAGGACGGUGUGCGGGACGUGUUUGAGAUGGCUACCAGAGCAGCCCUGCAGGUCCGCAAGCGCCACAAGAGGGGUGGCUGCCAGUUACUGUGAGGGGUCUGGAUCUGGAGGACUCUCCCAGACACGCAGAACAAACUUAGAUUCCUUAAAUCAGUGGCUUCCAUAGACUUGUACUUAACUCCACAGAUGCAGGCAAGACUGCCACACUUGUUUAAAAGCAAAACAAAUCAGCUAUUUUUAAACGUUUCCUUUCCAACUUGGUUGUUGCUCCUAUCAUAUUGUUUUCAGUAACCAGCACACCAGACUGCUUGUGUGGAGGAUUGGACCCUUUUCUUCUAUAUGAAUGUAUGUUCGUAUUUAAAUGUGCAUGUUCUUUAAAAAUGCCAAGCCCUCUCCUUUUGUGUCAUGAUUCUGUGUUUACAGAGAGCGUUCCCUGACUGCUUCUCUUUCAGCCGCGAACGGCUGUUGUUUCAGAUUUGCUGCCUUCUGCUUCUGCUAAAACUUCCAUCAUGUAUCACUUGGUUUCUUUUUAUACACAAGAUUCUGUGAUGGCUCUUUGUGUUGUACCACUAUUCAUUUUGUACACUAAAAUUGUAUUUCACCAAG